AUGUCUACAGACGCCUUCGAUGUCGUCUCAACAUAUCAGCACCUUCUGGCUGAAGACCCGGAGCUUACUAUGCCAGUCGCAGCCAUCGAAGCUCUGAUCUUGGGACUAGCGAAUACACCUGCUACUACAGUGUCCGAGACCCUCGAUCUAGUCCAAAAACUCACAAAACAGCUCAAAGAAAGCAUCCCCAACUCGAUAUCCCUCUCCGCCGGCACCGACAUCUUCCAACAGUACCUCACCUCGAACCUACAACGACCCGGUCCCGGUGGUCUCUCCGGCGACUUCGAGCAGAUCCGCAACCACCUCGUGCAGAACGGCAAGCUCUUCGUCGAACGUGCCAAAGCAGCACGAGAAACGAUCGCAGGAUUCGGACGACAGUUCAUCAGAGACGGCAAUACGAUCCUCACAAAUGGUGGCAGUCGUGUGGUGGGAGCACUGUUGAAGAGCGCAGCGGAGUCGAGCAAUGCAUUAGGACGAGGAAGCAUACGGUUCAGAGUGAUAUACGUGGUGUCUAAAGACAGCGAUGACACAGAGAGCGCGGACAACAUUGCAGUGCUGCGAGAACGAGACAUUCCCGUCGCAACCAUACCACCUACCGCGGUUGCAUACUGCCUCGACCAGGUGACGCAGUGCUUCGUGGGCGCGGAAGGCGUAGUAGAGAACGGAGGCAUCAUCAGCAGAAUGGGCACAUACCAAGUCGCCAUGCUAGCGAAAGCCGCAGGCAAGCCCUUCUACGUGGUGUCCGAAUCACACAAAUUCGUGCGGCUGUAUCCGCUCGGCCAGCAGGAUCUGGGGAUUGAGCAGAGGGUGGUGGACUUCAGGACUGGAAAGGGCUCGGAGAGUGAGGAGAUGGAUUCGGAUGAGGGAGUUGCGGACAUGGAGCCUGUCAGGAAGGCUGCGCUGGCUGAUUGGCGGCCUGAGGAUGCUGUGGAUUAUACGCCGCCGCACUUGAUUUCGGGGAUUAUUACGGAGUCUGGUGUGCUCUUGCCGAGUGCAGUCAGUGAGCGGCUGAUAGAGAUUUGGUUCUAG